UGCGAUCGUGCCUCAUCUACGGUGAACAUCAGGCGGCAAGUUUCGUGUGUGAUUUUCGGUUUUCGUUAGUAAACCAUCACCACGUCUUUCCAAUUCACAUCGUUUGGAAACAAUAUGGUACGAGGUCGCGGAGGGAUGAUCAGAGGUGGUCGAGGUGGUAUGGGUCGUGGAAUGGGUUUCCCAAGAAAGCAGUUUUUGCCACGGCAUCCAUUUGAUUAUACACUUUGCGAGGCGGCUUUCCCACGUGUUAAACCUGCUCCAGAUGAGUCAGAUUUCCAGUCAGCUCUUGUGAAAAAGAAUGCUGAUAUGUGUCCCACUCCAAAGGAACAGACUUCCAUCUUAAAUCUUGUAACUAAACUACAGAGUGUUCUUGAUAAUCUGAUUGUUGCGCCAGGAACCUUUGAAGCUUGUCAAUUGGAAGAAGUAAGACAAGUUGGCAGUUUUAAAAAAGGUACGAUGAUAAAAGGCCACAAUAACGCUGACAUUGUUGUCAUCCUCAAAACUUUGCCAACAAAAACAGCGGUAGAGGCUCUUGGGAGCAAAGUCCAUAAUGACUUGAAGGCUGUGAAUCCGAAAGAAAUCUUUAGAGUUACACAAACAGAGUAUGGAUUCGAUAUUGGAAAUAACGAAGCUACUGUGCGGGUAUUAAUAACGACGUUACACCAAAAUCUACGUAAGCUAGAAUCGGAGCAACACUUGGACGUCAAAAUCUGUCAAGGACAUCUUGCUGCUAUUAGACAUUCUCGUUGGUUUGAGGAAAACGCUCAUCAUUCUAGCAUUAAAGUUCUAAUUCGACUGCUUCGUGAUCUUAGAAGCAAAUUUGAAGGUCUGCAGCCAUUAACCCCGUGGAUGUUAGAUCUAUUGGCACAUAAUGCUAUAAUGAACAAUCCUAGCAGACAAGCAUUACCAAUAAAUCAGGCGUACAAAAGAGUAUUGCAGUUGCUUGCCUCUGGAUUGUUUCUCCCAGGAUCAGCAGGUAUUUCCGACCCAUGCGAAGGUGGCAAUAUACGUGUGCAUACAGCAUUAACACUUGAACAACAAGAUCUUGUAUGUCUCACUGCCCAAACAUUACUACGUGUACUGGCUCAUGGUGGCUACAGACCAUUACUGGAAGGCACCAACAAACUCGCAGUAGAGAUGAGCGUGUGGGCAGGAGGCGUAGUGGCAAGCCCGUUAGAAAAGGCGUAUGAACCACCUACGGAGCAGGAGCAGCAAGAGGAUAUGGACGAAAGUACCGAGGAGAUGAUCACCGAAAGUGUUUAGGAUCUUGAGGAAAUUGGGAACGUUUUGUGAGUUCCUCUUUUUGUACGAAAAGUUACUUUCUUUUCGGUGUUUCUUAUAAAACGUAUUGUAUUUAUAACUUGCACACAUAC